CCACCGCCAUAGAUGCGUCGUCGCGUCGCGUCCGAACGUGUUUGCCGAGCAUUGUGGAACUAAGCGUGCCGGUUUUUCUCAUACCUCUCCGUCAACUUGAAACUCGUGUUUUCGCCAACACGCUGCGACUGCCAGUGCCAACAAGUCCCGGUGUCUUACGCGUAUUUUCACCUUUUCAGCGCAUCGCCGCAUCGGAGUGCAGUGCAGUGAAGUGCAGUGCUGUGCUGUGCAUGAGCGACGGCUACUUUUUGGCUGAUUUUCGGUCAACCGCGCUCUCUUCCAUCUUUUUCCUCUCAUUCCAGCCACCGCGCCACUGGUUGUUGGAAUUUGACGUUACAUGUUUGUUAUUACUCUCUGCCCGCAUCGUCCGCGACGCGUCGCGAUCGCUUCUUCUUGCGUAAUCGUAAUUAAUCCGAUGUAGACGGCGGCCUCAGCAUCGGCAUCGGCAUCCGCAUCGGCAUCUGCAGUUAUAAAACGAAAUGUAUCAUGCGCAUCGUGCCUUAAUUGUAGUCGCAGUUAUUUUCAUUUUCCAUUUUAUACCGCAAGUACCGGCCGCGCGUUAUAAACCUCAAGAUUUCGAAUAUACGAUGAAAAAUCGAAGCGAAACUACGAUGCCUUUAGACGUUUACGUAAGUUAUAGUCACAAUCCUCUCGGAGAAUCUUACAAAAUAGUUGAAAAUGAAAAGUCGACCAACGAUCGUAAUCCGAACAGAUCCAAACGAGGUAUACUCGAGUUGUACAAUAUGGUGGUUUGUGCGACGGGUUGUAAUCCACUCAUAUACAAGGGAUACGGCUGUUAUUGCGGAUUUCUCGGCUCUGGCUACCCUGUAGAUCCUAUCGAUAGUUGUUGUAAAAGACACGAUUGGUGCUAUAAUACCGCUAAUUGUCCCAUGUUCUUGGAGUAUUUCACACCUUACACGUGGACGUGUUACUCUGGACAGCCUAUUUGCAUCAAUGGUUGGUCUUGCAGUUAUCGUCUUUGCGAAUGCGAUAGACAAUUGGCCGAAUGUUUAAGUCAGUACGGAUGCCCUCGACGGAAAGCUGUUUGCACCACAUCUCCGUGGAGAUUAUUUCAAAACUUGGCCAGGUUUUAACCGUACUCGUACGUUGACUCGAUGUCGAUGGCAAAUUGUUUCGGGAUUCGGGGAAGACGUGCGCAGUCAAAUUCUAGUCAAUUACCUAACUCGAUACUUAAUUAUUAUUUAUACGUUAACUUAUUUUUUUCAAUUCGUCCCGUUAUUUUGUAUUCGACUAUUCGUAUUCGGACGGACGACGCGACGGGACGAAUCAAGUCAAUUUUUUUAGUUACCUGUGUAUCUGUAAAAUAAGUACUCGUACCUCCGGUAGGUAGUGUUUAACUUGAUUAUACCUACCAAUGUACGUACCUAAUACGUACCUAUCUAGUAUGUACUUACUGAUGUUUGUUUAGUGUCGCAUAGUCUCAAACAGCAUACGAGUAUACUCGUAUGCAUAUGCUAUUGCUUGUAUGUACCUAGGUACCUGUCUGUAUGUAUUUGUUACUGACCAAAUUGAAAAUUGCAGUUCACUCCAAUACGCGUUAAACUGACGUCGAUCUACAUAAAGGGUAUAUGUACACCAGCACAGAAACUAAUUUCUUAAUCGUCACAUUUUACACUUAUUACGAAAUGAUGCAACGGCAACAGCUUCAGUAUCACCUGUCUUCGCAGUUGCUUUACUUAUCUAUUUGCUUACCUUUCAUUUACCUACUUAGCCACGUAUGAGAUUGAGAUGGCUCGAAUAAGAAAAUGCAACAUGAUCGAAGACCAUGAUCCAAACUACGAGUAUUUCUGGCUACAUAGUACAUACUCGUACGUCGUACGUCGUACGUCUACGUAUCUCACCAGUGUGCGGGGUCCUUGAUGACGUCGAGCACUUUGACGAAAAAUUUUCUCGUUGAAAAAUAAAUACCUAAAUGAAUAGCCAAUAGGUCACGCCGAAUAUUUUUGAUGGGUAUAGGUAACGGUACAGGGUGCCCAGAAAUAUCGAGCACCCCUACAAAAAUUUUCUACUCAAAUACUUUGGUUGGUCAUGGUGAAUGAUACGCGUAAUAAUGAUAGCACAUGAUUGGUUGUUGGACUGUAGAGAUAACAUUCCACCAAUCUACGCGUAUAUUUUUAAUGAAAAACUUUCUUUGGGGUGCUCGAUAUUUCUGGGCACCCUGUACCUAGUACCUACAUGAAAAUAUUCCGUAUACCUAUACCUGUCAAGUGUCGAGUAUUCGAUGUUAUCGAAGACCCUGCGUUUCCAAUCCAUACUAUACCUACCUACAUAUUUUGAAUAAGGUCGUACUACGCACUGAUUCACGUAUAAUAUUUAUUAGCAAAAUUACAAUAUCUUUUUAUUAUCCUUUA